CGGAACAUAACGGUUGUCAGGGCGACCAAGUUCUAAACACAGUUUUCUCAAUGGGAUCGCCUUCAGACCGUAAUAACACCUCGCACCCGGAGCACAUAAACCCACCCAGAUCAGAAGCAACGGCUACAGGCGGAGAACAACAAACGCAGUGUUAUUGAAUUACGAAAGAAACGCAACCACAAGCCAUCAAUUUACAGCUAUGAUGGGGUGGUUUUUAAAAAUUGGACUUCUGUCCCUAAUUAUUAUGUUGCUGAUGAACUUUGAAUCAGCUUGUGCUAAAAAAGGCAGCAGCAGCAGUGGAAAGAAAUCCACAAGUGGAACCCAAUCAAAACCAUCAAACUCUCAGCCCGGAAACUAUCCUCGACAGCAGAGCCCCAAUCGUGACACCAAUCCAUAUCCUUCUGGAGGGAAUUACCCAUACCCUGGAAGUAAGAAUACUAAUCCAGGUGGGAAUGCCAGGCAAAAUCCACCAAGUUAUCCAGGAGCAGGGAGCAACCCAAAUCAGUAUCCAGGAGGGAAUCCUGCUGGAGGUUACCCUGCAGGAGGAUACCCUAAUCAACCAGGAAGAGGCAAUUAUCCAAAUCAAAACCCAGCAGGAGGCUACCCUGCAGGCGGAUACCCUGCAGGAGGAUACCCUAAUCAACCAGGAAGAGGCAAUUAUCCAAAUCAAAACCCAGCAGGAGGCUACCCUGCAGGCGGAUAUCCUGCAGGAGGAUACCCUAAUCAACCAGGAAGAGGAAAUUAUCCAAAUCAAUAUCCAGCUGGUGGAGGCUAUCCAGCUGGUGGAUACCCCAACCAAGGCAGAGGAGGGUAUCCUAACCAGUACCCUGCCGGAGGGAAUUAUCCCAACCAGUACCCCGGAGCAGGUGGCUACCCAGGUGGUUAUGGUGGAGGUUACGGUGGUGGCUACGGUGGAGGAGCAAUUGGCGGUUACCCUAACUGGAACCCAAAUAAUAAAAUCCUCAGCCCCAGGUUCGGUGGUGGAGGUUAUGGACAAGGUGGCUAUGGCAUGGGAGGAUCUCCUUUCUCUCGUUCUGUGCAGGGCAUGGGAAUUCAGCCCAAAUCAACAGGUUUUGCCAAAAAAGCCAUGGUAGCAGCAGGUGUCGGUGCAUUAGCUGGAAUGGCCGUCGGUUAUGGGCUAGGGCGCUUCCCUCGACCACAUUUUGCCUUCCGUAACCCCGAAGAAGAAUACUAUUACAACAACUACAUGUACCGUAAUUAUGGGACCAAGUCAACAGAUGAAAAAGACUAUGGGCGGGACUAUGUCUACAAGCCUCCUCCACGGGCCAAGACCUACGAGAACUUCAUGAAUGAGUGCAAGAAUCGCACUGACCUCCUCAAGGACCAAGGCUCAUCGAAUAGUGGAGCAACUGAUGAGGAUAACGACACCGUGAGCAUUGAGGAAAUUGGGUACCCAGCCUUAAUCAACCAAGUCAAGUCCCGCCGCUGCGUGGAGGAGUACAUGAAGUACUCUGCACAGUUCAUGAAGGAACGAAAGUUUGAACAACGCCAACAGCCAAGAGGUAGUGCUCCUAUGAGCAAUGGGGUGAUGCAUCUUUUCACAUCCGGCUUCGUGCUUCUGUCCAGCAUGCUACUACUGCAGUGAGGAAGAAGAAAAGGAUUCCUUUCAGCCACAUCCCAAAUAGAUUUCCCCUGCUUCCAUUAUAGCUGUAACAGUAACAGCCUGUGUAUCUAAUCUUUACAGUCGAAGCGAUAGUUUAUAGAAUGUUACAGUCAAUUUUUCUGCAAAAGUAAUGUAAUCUGGAUUAAGUUUUAAAUACAGUGCUUUUCAGAAUAUAUUUAAUUUACUGCACUUUUUAUUUUCAAUCCUUAAUGCUUGGUGAAGAGCAAAACCUCUCAUGGAAUUGAUGGUAUAAAUUAUUAAUAUUGAAAAUAGAUAUGCUGUAUUGUUUGUCAAAAUCUGCUUGAGUAAAUACAUUUGUGGAGUGAUUUCUAAAUUAUGUAAUUAGUGUAUUAUAUAUCUUUAAGAGGAAUCCUUUUUGACAGAAUAUAUUUACAUUUUAGCUGUUGAGAUUUCCCUUUUCUCUUCUGUUGUAAGACUUUGCUCUUAUAUAAGUUUGUUUAUGGAAAAAAAAUGGAGGUCACAGCUGCGAGGAAAUGGUUCAAAUAAAGCAACUAUUUGGACUGGAAACACUUGACUGCCCUCCUGAUCCCACUAAAGCUAAAUCAACACUCAAGGGAAUUAAAAAAAAAGCUAUUUUUGCAGAGAGGAGUGUUAUAAAGAAAGAAUACGGUACAUACAUAUUCCAUGUAUGCACUCAAUAUGUAUGCAUAACACUGUAGUUAGAGAUGCACCGAGAAAUUAGAAAAUGCAGUUUUCAGCAUAAUUAGCCCUGAUGAUUUUCUGAUCAGUGAAUGCAGCAAAACUAAAUACCUGGUCAAGCAUUCUUUGAUGUGGAACUUGAUUUUGUGGGAGGAAGUUGGAUGGAUUGAACAGCUUUUUUUUAAUCUUUGGUAGCCUAUGAGGUGUUUAUUCAAGCAGCAAAAGAGAGCUUGACUGUGGUUGUACUGGUCAUUCACCAUGUUCUACCUUUUUUUUUCUUCUGCUCAGAAGCAUAUAAAAAACAGAAAUUGGACAUUUUGACAAACUAAAUGGGUAAAUUCAAUUGGUGAGCAAAUACCCAAGUUAUGAGGCUGUUAGAUUUUACAGUACAGUAUCUCUCAUGAAUGAUGCCGGAUGUAGAAAUGCUUUCAAGUCUUUUCGCAACUUCUAAAUUAGGUCUACAUUCUCAAUCAAGUAAGCACACUUAGCGUUUGCCUGAGCUAAUGGCUAAUAUUAAAUACUAAAGACGAUUUAAAAAGUCAACUCCACGGUAAUUUUCUCUUCAUUUUAAAAUAGUGAAAUCUUGUUUUACAGCAGGAUUUUGCUUCUAAGUCUAGAGAAAACUAAUUUGAACUGAAUCUGCUAAAUUGUUAUCAGUAGAUGAAAGUUUUGCAAAAAC